AUGCUGGAGAAAGAGGCACAGAAGAUGUAUGUAAACAGGUUUGGAAAACCUUUUACAUUGGUGCAUUGGUGGAAGAUACUAAAAGAAGAGCCCAAAUGGUUAGCAUUGUUUGAGACAGAGAAGGACAAGACUAAAGCAUUUGAUAUUCCAGAUGAACAAAAGCGUCCCCCUAGUAGAGAAAGUGCAAAGGCAGAGCGCAAUGGAAAGAACAAGAAGGCAAAAGUUAAGGAUGAAAUUGUCAACCUUGGAGACACUGUUGAAAAACUUGUCAAGGUACAAGAAGAUAGGAAGAUGGAUCUCGGAAAGGUCACCGAAGCACAGAUUGAGAUAUCAAAUGCAAAUUUGAAGGCAGCAAAUGCAGAAAAAGAAGCUAAAAUGUUCACUGUCUACAAUACCCUGCUGAAUAAAGAUUCAAGUAACAUGUCUAAAGCUCAAAAGGCCAAACAUGAGAAGACAAUUGAAAAGAUGCAAGAAAUGCUACUUGGGGCCUAA